AGAUUACCUUACCGAUUUUCGUGUUAUUUUUUCGACAUUUGACACGAUAAGAAACCUCGGGUGCUUCAGCCGCUUCAGCAUGUCAGUUCGUUACCGACCACAGCUCGGGACUCACCCAGCAAAUAGUAGGUUCCCGGGUGUAGUUCAAAGAAAGAAAAAAAGGCGUGCAGUAAACCCUCCACAGAUUAGGUGCGUGCUGUUCGGCGCUCUCCAAGCAUUCAUAUUAACUUUGCAUGAUCAGAACAAACAAUAAAACACGAUGAGAGAAAUCGAGUGGGCACCAUUGAAUGUGCCCUUGCGACGCCGCCUGGAGACGCUCUGUGCCUUCGGAUGGAUGAGUCUGUUUCUGUUCGGUGAGCUGUGGAUGCUGUUCUAUUAUUUCUACCUACUGAUAUUCGGUGGACUGCUGGCAAAAACGUUUUGUCUUAUUUAUGGAGCAUUCAUCUACUACGAUCGGAAAGCCGGUACCAAUGGUGGACGAGGGCAAGGCGUCAAAUGGUUCCGCAACCUGUUCUGCUGGAAGCUCUUCCAGACUUAUUUCCCGGCCACACUGCACAAAACGGUCGACCUGCCCGCGGAUCGUAACUACAUAUUUGCUGCCUUCCCGCAUGGUGUACUCAGUACCGGUUGCUUCCUCAGCUUCGCCACCGACACGACCGGAUUCUACAAGUUCUUUCCCGGUAUCCGUUCCCGCGUGGUUACCCUGGAUUUCCACUUGUUGGUCCCCCUGUUCCGAGAACUAUGCUUCAGCUGGGGCGUAGCAUCGUGCUCAUCGGAAGGAAUCACCAACCUCCUCACGGCUUCCAACGACCCGAAAAGCCCAACCAACGGCGAUGGUUACACUUCCAACGCAGUGGUCCUCAUCGUUGGUGGAGCCGCCGAAUCACUCAACUGCCGACCGAACAACUUCCAGCUGGUGCUGAAGAAACGCAAGGGUUUCUGUAGGAUUGCGCUGAAAACCGGAACGCCGAUCGUCCCCGUUAUCAACUUUGGAGAGCUGGAUCUGUUCGAUCAGCCGGCCAAUCCACCAGGAUCUAAAUUGCGACGCUUCCAGGAGUGGGUCAAGGCUACCACCGGGAUCGCUCCGGCCGCGUUUGUUGGACGUGGAUUCUUCCAGUAUACUUUUGGGCUGAUCCCGCGCCGAAAGCCCAUCAAUACAAUUAUCGGUGAACCAGUGGAAGUGCCGCAAAUUGACAACCCGUCCAAGGAAGACGUCGCCCAACUGCACGAGCGGUUCUGCAUCGAGCUGGAAGCUUUGUUUGAGAAACAUAAAAGCAAAUAUGUUGAAAACUACGAAAAUGUCAAGCUCAUCAUGGAGUAGACCAGAAUCAGGUGUUUGGUUUAGUCGCUGGAACUUUAGUACAAUUUAAACUCCAAAGAAGAAAAAAGCAUGCUCCACUUGCACGUUUAUUUAAAGUCAUCACUGGUUAUCAUCUCUAGUUUAUUGCAGUAAAGUAAUACAAAGAAAGUUUGUAGAGUUAGCAUUUCCACCAAUUGUUUUUUUCUGUAGAAAUUGUAGGGUUGAUUAUUGUAAAGAUACUGUUGUUAAAAGAGGAAA